AUGUCUCAAGCCGCAAUAGAAAAGGUCAAUAUAAACAUGAUGGAAUUUCAUGACAUUCCAUUGGUGGGAAAUGUUGUUGUGCACGAGCCGCAGUAUCAUCAGAUCAUCAAGGAUUCCGCCCAUGGCUUGGACCAGUCAUUCGGCAAAUUGGCUCGCCUAACCCGCUUGGCAAAAUCUGCUGGGAAGAUCAAAAGCCUUUCUGUGUAUGAUAAACAGCGCCAUACAAACUCUAAACCAACUCGGUAG